ACAAAGAUUGAGACGAUCUUUGCUGCUUGAAGUGAGAUCUGGGGACGAUAUACCCUAGUUUUGAGAGCCAAUUACCAAGGUCGGAGUGUUUGGCAGAGAGCCUCACUCUGAACAAUGCCUACGGGGGGUUCCGUCGAAUCGACAAGCUUGAUCCAGGGAUGGAGACACGGGGCGCGCCCAUCGACCUGGUCAAACGCUAAUAUUGACUUCCGCAAAGGAGCGGAGAAGAGCCGGCUUCGAUUUUAUCUCCGGAGCUGUUGUUUCAAUCGAAUAUACGUUGUCUCGUCCUCGGUGUUGCCGGGCGUUUGAGACGUUGCAAAGUGGAAAUGAUUGCAUGAUAAUUGUGGCGCAAGACGAACCUAGGAACGAAGCCAGGCUGUGCUGUGGACGCCCAGCUGGUGCCCAGCUGGGUAUCAAGUGCCGCUGCCCCAGCGCCCAGCGCGCCCAAGAGCUUCUAGUGGGCCUUACAAGGCCGUGACCCCUGUCGAAUAGCGUCAGCGUUGUGCGUCCAACUUGAGGUAUACCCCUCCUCAUUACGUCGUUUGUUUCGCCCCGCUUGUGCGGUUGAAAGCUACGAGGAGAGUCUUGUUAAGCAGAACAGCCUUAUCAUUAUGGUAAAACUUAACACGAAGCCUAAGCUACUGAACGGCAUAGUCUAACCAUAACUGUCUCUGAAUCUCGUCAAAGGUCCAUCGCAAGUCAGCAGGGAAGGCAUGGUUUCUGUUGCUGCCUUCCGUGUCCUAUUGAUGCCCAUCCCAUCCCGUCCCAUCCACUCAACCAACGUCAAACAGGUUCAGUGCUGCCCACUAUUAACACUCUACACCUGUCGACAAGACUCACAAUAACCCACUUCAUCAAUCCUAGGUACUGCGUAGCUACCUAUACCUCCAUACCUCCAUACUUCCCCCUUGUUGCAGCAUCAAAGGACCCUGUUUUUGCUUGGCUGGGUUGUGGCUGGGUUCCUCUUGCUGCUUUUCUUUGACUUGUCCCUCCCGCCACAUCCUCGUCCUUUUCCUCUUCACAUCGACAGAAACCGUCAACUUGGUAUUAUAACAACAUCGCUUAUCAUCACUAUAAAGCCACUUUCAACUAUAAACCAACGUCAACUAUUACACCACUGCAUAACGUAGCAGCGACAUACACCGCACAACAUCCUCAUGUCAAACUACGACCCGUACGAUCGGGAUUACUCUCGCCGCUAUGUGCGAGAGGAGCGUCGAGAAGACCCCCGUUAUCUCGACCCUCGAGAUUCCUUUAACUCAAAGACUCAUCGGGAGAUCGUUCCUCGCGGUCGCGAGGACAGCGACCUAUCGAUAGAAGAGGUCAGACGAGAAUUCCCCCCUCCUGGUACCCGUGAUAUUCGCCGGGCCCGAUCCGCCGGCCCAAACUACUACGAGGAAGAAUAUGAGUAUCGCCGAGGCUACGAUCCUCGCGAUCGCGACUAUGACCGCCGUUCCCAUCGAGGUCACUCCAGCCCUUACUACGAAGAUGAAGAGCGCGAGCGCAAGCACAAACCCAAGGGCAUGUCUAAGAAUGAGAAGAUCAUUGCAGCCGUCGCCGGUGCCGCUCUUUUGGCGGGUGGUAAGGAACUGUACGAUCGCCGCGAAGCUAAGGAGGAGCGCACUGAGAUUCAACGCAAUCCUCUGUCCACUGCAGCUCUUGCCGGAGUCGGUGCCUUGGCUGCCUACCAGGGUGCACAAUUCUACAACAAGCAGCAGGCCAAGAAGGAUCAAAAGGCUAACAUGAUCCUUCAACGUGGCCGCGACGGUUAUUAUAGUGAUUACUACUCUGAUGAGGACGAAAGUCCAAGGGAGAAGAAGGGACACAAGAACUUUCUCGAGAGCGCUAUCGCAGCUACAGGUCUCGGUGCUGCUGUCAAGAGUCUCACCGGUGGCGGCGGAGACGAUACCAGGAGCCGCCGGGGAGGUAGUCCCUCCAGCGAAAGAUCUCGUUCUCACGCUGGUGGCAGCGGCGCCAACAAAAUUCAAAAGGCAGCCAUGGCUUCCCUCCUUGCUGGUGCCACAGAGGCCUUUCGUGUUGCCAAGGAGCCUGGCGGCUGGAAGGGUGAAAAGACGAAGCGUAUUCUCACCGCCGCUGCAGGUGCUGCUGCUGUCGACACCGCAACUGAUGACAAGGGAGGAAAGCUGGGCCUGGCUGAGUCUGUGAUUGGUGGCUUAGUCGGCAACCGCCUAAUUCGUGGUUCGAGAAAUGAUAUCGAAGAGGAUCGCAAGACUGGCCGCAGCCGCUCACGCUCGCGAGCCCGCUCCAAGUCUCAGGGUGGUGGCAGCGGAGGCGCAAGUGGUCUUGCCGCUCUUGCGACUGCUGGCCUGGGUGCCCUGGGUGCAAAGAAGGUUCUGGAUCGCUCUCGAUCGCGAUCCAGGAGCCGUAGGGGACGAAGUGCCUCAUACAGUCCAUCUCCAGACAGGCGCCGUCAGCGAAGUCGCAGCCGUAGUGUUGUUGACAAAGCUCGCAACGGUUUGGCCAAACUAGGCCUUGGAGCUGGUGCUGGAGCUGGCGCUGCUGCCGCUGAUGACUACCGCCGUCGCGACCAAGAUGACUUUAGCGACCGCGGUGGCAGCCGUUCCCGCCGAUACUCGGACGAUAUGUACGAUGACCGUCGAUAUGGCAGCAAUCGAGAUUAUUACGAUGAUGAUAGGUCAUACAAGAGCAAGCCCCGAGAGCGAAGACGAGGAGGGCGUUCCGAUUAUUCCUCUUCGUCAUCAGACCUAGGGGAUUCUGAUGAGGAUGAGAAGCGGGCGAAGAAAAUGAGAGACCAUCGCCGAUACUAAGCCAGUGGCUCGAUCCCUGCAGGCACAGAAGCAAAAACGAAACCAUAUCCCGGCACACCGGCACAUACGUGCAUAUCUGUCCAACGAUGAGCUGCUCUAUUCUGCCAAAGUUGAUGAAUGGGGUAGGGUCUAGUAGAGGACUGGAAACGGGGAAGCAAGCGAGAGUGGCACGAGUUGACCCAACGAGAUGGGAAGAGAGGGGCGGUAAGAAAGGAUCGGGACGCGCAUGUGGUGAUAACAAAUCACUAUAUGCACGAUGAUGAAGUGGUGGGAACACGGGUAGACGGCCUCGGGAAGAACGGCUUUUUGGAAAGACGGGGGGCUUGCAGAUCAAGACUCGGCGAUUGGACCAAGUGCGACAAGAAAUCAGGAAUUGGCCUGUGAAGAUGGCAAGACGUGUCUCUUGAAAGUUAACGGGAUAUGGGCACACGAAAAGAUGUAUGUGGAUGGCACGAUGUGUUCUUUUUUUCUUUUUUUUCUUUCCUUCUGCCAUGUUGGAUAUCUGGAUGAACAACUUGUUAUGCUGGAUAGCAGAUGAGGUUCUUGGGGGUCGAUUUACCAGCCCCCAGAAUACCUUGACGAAUCAUGACCUAUAAUGAACGACUCUGGCUUAUAAUAAAACCUGUUACGUCUUUGGUGUUGAUGAAACAAUAUUUGGCUCUUACUGGGUGAUGUGAAUGACAACGGCUUCCUACAAUUAGGUUCAAAAGUAAAAACGGGUUGUUCUCCCUUGAUCUCACUACAGUCUUCCAAAUCCCUGUUCUGUACCUGUCGCUCAUCGUUUGAUAUCCCGUAGGUACUCCAAUAAACCCCACGAUGCUUAUACCCUGGCCUGCUUAGUAUGUAGAUUCUUGUUUCUAAUAAAUCUGAGGCUCAGCUCCGAAACGUCAUCAAGCCAUGACGUCACUUAUCAAGUAUCCACUUCAUUGACAGCUCGGCCAAACAGCUGAGGUUGUUCGAUCACGAGGUGGUUUUAAGGUACGCAGCCCAAGCCAAGUGGAAGUAGAGGAGAUAAAGUUAAUUGCUUUCACGCAAGGACAAGAGGCUUCUGCUCCCCCACACCAUGGAGUCCUGUGUUGUGUGGUGGUGGUGGUGGUGCAUAUUCUCGCGAUUGGAUACAAAAACUGACGCCUCAGUUGAUAUCGUGAUAAAUGCUCAUUACUCUCUAUAGGACACAGCACUGUAGACCAGCUGUGGUAUCCUGACCCUGGUAGCAGUGACUGAAUGCUCAUACUCAGGCUCAGCCUCAUGCGCCAAGACCUCCACCCGCCUGUUGUUUCCAGCUCUGUGCCAUGGCCAGAAGAUUGGACACGUCGGCAGCCUGCUUGUCAUCGGCAGGGAAGACAUAGUCGAUGUAUUCCUCCCACGAGUCGUCGUCGAGCUUUCUCCGGCGCUUCGUCUUGCGUGGCAUUUGUUUCUGCACAGCCUCCACGUCCUCCGCUGAGCCGUGUGUGCGCUCGAAUGAUAACCAGGCGUUGAGUAGCGAAACGCACUCUUCCUUGAGAUCUCGGUCUCGCAUACUCCUGUGCGCUCGCUUGAAUACUUUGCGUGCUCGCUCCUUGGCCUCUUCGCUGACUGGCUGUUCCUCAUCACCCUCCUCCUCUUCAUCUUCGGGAAUGUUGAUCUCAAAGUGCGCGUAACUGAUCCAGACCUUGACGUGGUCCGUCUUUUCAAGUAGGCGCUCGUAAAGAUCUCGCGUGCGCUCGUAUUCACCUUCCUCCUCCUCGAAAUCAAUGUACGCCUUCCAUAGAAGCUCGGGCAUGUCGAGCUGUUGUUGCUGGACAGCAAGCUCAAAGAUGGCGCGUGUGCGGUCCAGAUCAUCCAGACCGCGCUCAAGCUCAGCAAACUUGAUCCAUGUCUGACAAUUUGCCGGGUUGUAUUCGAUGUGCUUCUCAUACAGAGUGCGACACCGCACGAACUCGAAUAGUUUGCGUUCAAGGUCAACGUAACCGUUAAAGAUUUUGUCCUUUGGGCACAUGCCAAUCGCGCGUCCAAGGAGUUUUCGCGCUGCGGUAAGUUCACCCUGUCUGAUCUCGAAAUGCGCCGCCAUGAGCCAGAUUUUGGCAAACGUGAACCUCUUGUGUGGGAUCAGACCCAAGCAGGUGUUGUAAAUCUGCCGUGUCCGCUCAACAUCCUGUCCCUCCAUCUCUUCCCAUAUGGCGUAGAAGAUCCAGAGAUAGAUGUAUCGCCUCCAGUGCCGCUUCUCCAGUGUCGGUGGAACCUGAGCAACAGCCCUCUCGUAUAUAUCUCGAAUUCUGUCAGAGUCCUGUGAAGUCUCUUCGAGCUUUGCGUAGUCGAACCAGGCGUCGUAGUUCUUCGGGUUCUCUUUGAUAAGCUCCUCGUAAUAUACUCUCCUCUUGGACAGCACAACAUCUUCCACUCCGUCCUUAUCGCCAAAUUGUUUCUCGAAUGUUGUGUAUGCCUUGUGUAAAAUCAUUGACCUCGAUCUUGGUAGUCGGUCCAGGGCAUACUUGUAUAUCGCACGAGCACGCUCAUACUCUUUUAGCUUAGCUUCGAAACGAGCAUAGGCGAUAAACAAUUUCUCAUCGACGAAGUCAUCUCCCAAUGCCUCCACGGCCUCCCCAAAGACUUCCCGCACUUGGUCGCUAGUACCGAACUCCUCCUCAAACUUGGCCCACUUGAUCCAAUUCCGGGGUUCAGGGUGAAUCAUGGUAAAGGUCCGAAAGAUUUCUCUUGCUCGCUCGAAUUCGCCGUACCGCUUCUCAAGCUUUAUGUACGAGCUCCAUGCUGCCUCGUCUGGCUGCCAUUGCAUCCAUCGAUCAAAUACUUGCCGCGUUCCAGGAAUAUUGCCCAGCAUCUCCUCCAUGUAGACAUAUUUGUACCAGAGCUUGUCAACGCGCGGUAAGCGAGCGACGGCACGAUCCAGGAGGUUUCGCGCGUGGUUGAUGUUCCUCGCCUUCAUCUCCGACUCGAUAUACCGAAUCCAUAGCUGAACAUUGUUGGGAUGUGCGUCGAGUGCGCGCUCAAAGACGGACCGGGCGCGGGCAAAUUCCUUCUGCUCCAACUCCCACUGAGCAUAUCGCAACCAGUUGUUGAGGUUGAGUCGAUUGCGUCGCACAUAGUCCUCGAACUCUUUUCUCUUCCGUCCUUGAAACUCGUGAAGUUCUUCCAAAUCAGCAAAUCGUUGAGUGGGGGCCUGCACUCCAACUUCUUGACGGUCGACAGCUUCUCUUAAAAGCUGUUCGGCACUGAUUUGAACAGGCGCGGCGGCCUUGUUCUUCACCCUCGGUGGCCCUCUGGACGACUCCAUCGUACGAUCGCCAACUUUCGAGGGCUCAAGUUGAUGAUGGCGAUUAUUCUUGGUGUGAAGCAAAAUUUAGAUGAAAAGGAGAGUCAAGGUGAUGAAAUAGAGUUGAGAGUCA